AUGCAAGGAUACUUUGUUCGCAUCGCGCCAAAUGAAGUCAGCGUUUCUCAUCCGGAUGCCGUCCGACAACUACUUCAUGCACAGAUUGCCAAGGGCCCAUGGUAUGCAAUCAUGAGUCUACCGGAUUAUCGCUAUGUGAACCAGAUGUCAGAAUUAGAUCCCAAAGAACAUAUCAGAAAACAGCGCAACAUCGCGUCGGGAUAUGCACUUUCCAAUAUCAUUCAGCAUGAGCCACAUUUCGACGCAAUUCUGCGGCUCUUGACCACCCGUCUAAACGACUUUUGUGAAUCCGGGCAACCGGUUGAAUUGGAUCGGUGGUUCACCUUUUUUGCAUUUGACGCCGUGGGCGAAGUUAUCUUCUCCAAGUCUUUUGGCUUCCUGGAGCAAGGGAAAGACGUCAGGGACGCCAUUGCAAACCAGAGACUAUUAGCGCCAUAUGCCACCGUGAUGGGCCACUAUUGCUGGUUUCAUAACCUGACGCUGGGGAACCCGCUACUUAGUCGACUGGGUAUUCAGCCAUCUUCGCAUGUCUUCGACACAUGUAUUGCGGCUAUCGAUGCGCGCAAGAAAAACCCUGCCAAGCGAAACGACAUGAUGCAGAAGUGGAUUGACACCCGUGCCAAGUAUCCUGAUCGCAUGGAAGAAGUUGAGAUAUUUUCUACUGCUGUCGGUACUCUUGGUGCCGGAGGAGACACUGUUAGUGCAACGAUACAAGCACUGUUUUAUCUCUUGAUUCGUCAUCCUCGACAUAUGAUCCGGCUCCAGGAUGAACUGGACGCUGCCCACGACCGCAAAGAACUCUCGCCUAUUGUUAAAUACGACGAAGCUCAACGAUUACCUUUCCUUCAAGCUUGUGUAUGCCGAAACACUCUCCCCGUUGUGAAAGUCUGGUUUUAA